AUGCUCUGUCGCCAACUUGUUGUUUCAGGUGCAAACGAGCCAGAUGAAGCGGGCAGCUACAUUCGCAGACGCUUUCAAGCCCUGAACAAAAAUCCCGCCAAAGUAAUCUACUCGCACUUUACGUGCGCCACGGACACCGACAACAUUGAGCUCGUCUUCAACAACACCGCGGACGUCCUCAUUAAAGCCAACCUAGCAAAACAGAAAAUGAACUAG